AUGGAUUUGUCGGCGUUAGGCAGAGGGGAGACCAACUCGUCCCUUUGGGGAAAAGUGCACGGUCCAUUCAUGAUGGAGGAGCUUGUGUGCCAGAAGCAAAACAUGGUGACCUCAAAAGGCAUUUUCAUGAACAGUAACCCUCUCAAAUACGCAAUGCCACUUCUCUUGCUUCAAAUGUCAGUCAUCAUCAUCACCUCUAGGCUUAUCUUCAACCUCCUUCAACCUUUAAAACAAGGAAUGAUCUCUGCUCAAGUCUUGGCUGGUAUUGUUCUAGGACCAUCUCUCUGGGGACAUCACAUGAAAUACAUGAAUAUGUUCCUUCCCGCUGGAGGCAAGAUCAUAAUACAAACGCUCUCAAACGUUGGUUUCACUAUCCAUCUCUUCAUUCUUGGACUCAAGAUCGAUGCGAGUAUUAUAAAAAAAGUCGGUUCUAAAGCCAUCCUCAUCGGUACAGCCUCUUACGCCUUCCCGUUCUCUCUUGGGAACCUCACGGUUCUUUUCAUUAAAAGAACUUUGGGACUUCCCAACGAUGUGAUUGGCUGCACAAGCACCGCGAUCUCCUUGAGCUCGGUGACAUCAUUCCCGGUUACAACCACGGUCUUAGCGGAACUCAACAUCCUCAACUCAGAGCUAGGACGGUUAGCCACCAACUGCUCAAUGGUCUGUGAAGUUUGUAGCUGGUUCGUGGCACUAGCGUUUAAUCUCUACACGCGUGAGCGGACGAUGAGCAGCGUUUACGCGAUUCUCAUGAUCGCUAUUCUUCUUCUUGUGAUUAGAUACCUCUUUAGUCCUUUGAUCGUAUAUCUCACCAAGAGAAAAAGCAAAUCGUUGAACAACAAAGACGUUGUCCCGUUCUUCCCUGUCCUCUUGGUUUUGUCUGUGGCUAGCAUUAGCGCAGAGGCUAUGGGCGUCCACGCUGCGUUUGGAGCGUUUUGGCUAGGCGUUUCGCUCCCUGAUGGCCCGCCUUUGGGGACAGAACUCGCUACGAAACUGGAGAUGAUUGCUUCGAAUAUGCUCCUCCCUUGUUUCAUUGCCAUUAGUGGGUUACAAACUAAUUUCUUUGAGAUCACAGAGAGCCAUGAGCACCAUGUGAUACUGAUUGAGAUCAUUCUCUUGGUCACUUAUGGCUGCAAGUUCCUUGGAACAGCGGCUGCGUCUGCUUACUGCAAAACGGAGAUUGGAGACGCGCUUUGUUUAGCGUUCUUGAUGUGUUGCCAAGGUAUCAUCGAAAUCUACACUACUGUUGUGUGGAAAGACGCUCAGGUUGUUGACACAGAAUGUUUUAAUCUGAUGAUAAUAACGAUUUUGCUCGUAACGGGGAUUUCGCGGUUCCUUGUCGUGUACCUAUACGAUCCAUCGAAACGUUACAAAAGCAAAAGCAAACGUACGAUCCUCAACACGAGACAACGCAAUCUUCAGCUCCGUCUUCUUCUUUGCAUCUACAACGUUGAAAACGUUCCUUCCAUGGUGAACCUUCUAGAAGCUACUUACCCUACAAGGUUUAACCCGAUCUCGUUCUUCACGCUGCACCUCGUCGAGCUUAAAGGCCGAGCUCACGCGGUCCUCACGCCGCACCACCAGAUGAACAAACUGGACCCAAAUACGGCCCAAUCCACACACAUUGUCAAUGCCUUCCAACGUUUUGAGCAAAAGUAUCAGGGUACUCUCAUGGCGCAACAUUUCACCGCAGCCGCACCAUUCUCGAGUAUAAACAACGACGUAUGCACACUCGCACUCGACAAGAAGGCAACGCUAAUCGUGAUUCCGUUCCACAAGCAGUACGCAAUCGACGGAACCGUCGGACAAGUCAACGCGCCAAUGAGGAACAUAAACCUCAAUGUACUCGAAGCAGCACCAUGUUCGGUCGCCAUAUUCAUAGACCGAGGAGAGUGCGAGGGACGUCGCUCCGUCUUGAUGACCAACACGUGGCAAAACGUGGCGGUGCUCUUCAUCGGAGGCCGUGACGACGCGGAGGCGCUCGCGUUAAGUAUGAGGAUGGCUGAAAAACCGGAGCUUAACGUCACGAUGAUACAUUUCCGUCACAAAAGCUCCCUUCAAGACGAGGAUUACAGCGAAAUGGCCGAGUACGAUCUUAUCAACGACUUCAAGAGCCAUGCAGCGAACAAAGGGAAAGUGCAUUACGUAGAGGAGAUAGUGAGAGAUGGCGUGGAGACCACGCAAGCGAUUAGCUCACUUGGUGAGGCUUAUGACAUGGUGUUAGUUGGUCGGGACCAUGACCUAGAGUCUUCGGUCUUGUAUGGACUCACGGAUUGGAGUGAAUGUCCUGAGUUAGGUGUAAUCGGAGAUAUGUUGACGUCGCCGGAUUUUCAUUUCUCGGUGCUCGUUGUUCAUCAGCAGCAAGGGGAAGCACUAGCCGUGGACGAUAGUUAUAAAUUGCCUGUUGAUCAUCAAAAGGUUGGAGAUACAAGAAUACAGCCGCGUUUCUCUGUUGAAGAAGGUUUCACUACCAUUGAUCUCGAAAAAAAUUAG